AUUUUCAGGCAGAAGUGUGACUCAGUUUAACACUUAAAUGGGCCCGCCCGCACCACAAGCACCACAAGCACAACCAUUCCGCGCUUCCUAGCGACACUCUCUGAGUCCUCCCUCCCUCUCCCUCCCUCCCUCCCUCCCUCCCUCCCUCCCCAUUCAUGGCUUAGAAAAUCGUGUACUUGGCCUUACUGCACUGCAGCUGUAGCACCCUGCCGCCCAGCCCAUUCCGCACAAACCCCUUAACGCAACGCAGCCCGCCCCGCCCAGCCCCUUAGAUACAUGAUGUAUGGCGACGAGAGAGAGAGAGAGAGAAUGGAGAAGAGGUAGACACGUCAAAUGGACAGACGCAACAAGAAGAAAAAGAUAGCGUGCAUGGACUGAGUGAGUAACAUGAAGCAAACCCAUGCCCCCGGUGCCGCUUGGUGGAGGGAAGGAGCCACCUGACAGAUAGCUGAGAUGGGUGGCUGGUGUGCUGGAGGGUUGUGGGAGACGCUGUUGUUUUUAUGUGCCACUAGUAAGGAUGGGUGGUGUGGGUGUGCUGGGUUUGGGGGCGGUGGUUUGUAUAGGUUGCAUCCAUCGUUCAUGAAGGCCGAGUAGGAGGGGAGUUUAUCUGUUGUGUCUCUGCGCGUGUGCGUGUGCGUGUGCUUGUGCGCGUGUGUGUGUGUGUGUGUGCGUAAGUGAGACGCCGUCUUGUUGUCCUUACAAUUCGCUUCACUCACGGCUGUCUCUUUCUUGUUUCUCUAGUGUUCUCUUCGUCUCAACACUUAACAAGACAUUCACACCACAUACAAUCAGACACUCACACACGGCACACGAAGCGAGCAGUCAAGAGCAGUGGUGGGGCAGACAGGUAGACGGACCACACACAAUCCCCACACACAACACAGCACACGAAUUGGCCGCCGCAGACACCACCACACACAUGUACCACGGCAAGCUGAGCCAAGACAGGACAAUACAGCAGACAGGCUGGCACGGCAAGGCAUGGCAAGAGAGCGGUCCGCGACCAUACGUGCCUUCGUUGGUCAGUCUUGUCGGUUGUUCGGAGGCCUGCAGUGCAAUGCAUCGGCCGGCCGCUCCCUCACUGAAAAACGGACACAGCGACAACACCGCACGACGCGAGAAAGAGACGCAACAAAAAGCCAUUGACAGGCAGACGGACGGGAUGGAUGGAUAGAUUAGACGGCAGGACCACCCCACCCCACCACACACCACAGCAUGACCCAUGGAAAGGCCCCUUCCUCCUCAAAGGCGCCUUCCUCCUCAAAGGCGCCUUCCUCUCUCUCUGUCAUCGUUCCUUGAUCUUCAUUUUCAGGCAGAAGUGUGACUCAGUUUAACACUUAAAUGGGCCCGCCCGCACCACAAGCACCACAAGCACAACCAUCCGCGCUUCCUAGCGACACUCUCUGAGUCCUCCCUCUCCCUCCCUCCCUCCCUCCCCAUUCAUGGCUUAGAAAAUCGUGUACUUGGCCUUACUGCACUGCAGCUGUAGCACCCUGCCGCCCAGCCCAUUCCGCACAAACCCCUUAACGCAACGCAGCCCGCCCCGCCCAGCCCCUUAGAUACAUGAUGUAUGGCGACGAGAGAGAGAGAGAAUGGAGAAGAGGUAGACACGUCAAAUGGACAGACGCAACAAGAAGAAAAAGAUAGCGUGCAUGGACUGAGUGAGUAACAUGAAGCAAACCCAAGCAGUGAGAGUGAUUAAGUGGGUGGUGAGCAGAUUGCCCAACACGCAGCCAGAAGCAGAGGAGGGGGAGAGGACUGGGGCAAUGGGGGAGGGGAAAAGGGUGUCAGCAAGGGGGAGUGAGGAACAAAUGUGUCUGAAAAAUCACCCGACAACCGAGGAAACGAAACCCCGCGCGAAAAUCAUGAGCAUGAGACGAAUCGAGCGCUAUAUAGGUGCCUGUCUGCCUGCUCUGGCCUCCCUCGCCCACCAUAUCGAUCCCAUCUCUGACGGUCGCAUUCACUCGGUCGCAAAAACGAAUGAAAAAGAAGCAUCGAAUCGCCCACCCGGCAGGCUGGUUGCAUCGUACCGCAACACACCAACCACGAACACACACACACACAUCUCGCCGCCGACACCACCGAAUUACGUCUGAUGCGGGACACGACUCACGAAGACAUGCACACACACACACAGAUACAGAUAGAGAUAGAGAGAGGGAGGGAAGAGCCGAGUUGAGCCGAGCCGACACAAUACAGCAGCCACCAACAAAGCCGACCUGAUGGCUGUCCGCGCCGCAUAAGCCCGUCGGUUGACGGCCUCACGUCAGCUGGACAGUCACGUCGCAUCAUACACCUGGCCCCUCCCUAGCCCCUCCCUCACCGCUCAGAUCACAAAACACCCACACCCUCCACUAAAAGAAGAAAGACGAACCCCCCACACCCACACCCACACACCCUACUUGUGCGCGGGCCGCAGGCGUUGGUCGCUCUCCUGAGUGGUGAAAGUGGCGUGUCGCUGCUUGGGCCUGGCCGCACGGCCCUCCCCGCCCUCCGUGGGUGACGGCGUCAACUCGUCCGUCGGCAGCCGGGCAAACGUCACGUUGACGGCGCCCGACGGCGUGUUGAAUGCGUUGGGGUCGCCUGAGAUAGACGGUGUGGGGAGCUGGAGGCCGGCUGGGCGGUCGGAGGGGGCGCGGCUGGAGUUGCUGUCCUGGUCCUCGUGGUACUCCUCCGAUUUAAAGUACACCGACACCGCGUUGGUCAGCUUCGGAUCCAGCACCGAGCUGAGAAAGGGGGCCGCAUGGCUGGGCUCGGCGAGAAGCGACGGCUGGGGGCCGCGGCGGGCCUCCUGGGGCUGCUGCAGCUGGCCGUUGGAGCCCUCUGCAGCAGCAGUGCUGGUACUCAUGCCUCUGCUGCCACGGUGUCUCACGUCCUCCCGAACAGCCGGGCGCGCCUCCUCGUUCUCGGGCAGCGUCGCCAGUCCCGUCAAGCUGACCAGCUUCUUGCCCACGUCGUAUGUGACUCCCGACUCCAGUCCGUCGACACGGGGCGAGUCGUCAUCGCCCGGCACGCUCUCGGUCAGCUGCACGGGCUGGAUGAUGCCCGUCCAGGGCUCCGGCUCCUCGUCGAGGUUCUCGUCCGGCAGGCCGCCCUUGGGCGGGGAGGGAGGGGGCGGUGGAGGGGGCAGGCCGUUCUCCUCAUACAUGGACGAGGCCGUCAGCAGCGGCAGCUCGGUCGGGUCUACGCGGGCGGGGGGCGACAGUGAGCCCUUCUCGAGAUCCCUCUCGUCGGGGCCCUUGCCACCACCCGUCAACACCACCCCGGUGGCCUCAUCGUCGGUGUCAUGCUCGCCCCCUCUGCGGGACCGGUUGCCCGCCCCGCGCUUGCGCCAGUAGAGGUAGAAUCGUCGCGUCUUGUCGCCGGUUGCCCCCUUCUUGUCCCCGCGACCGCCGAAGAUGCCACGGAUGCUGCUGCCCAUGGUGAGGCGGCGGCUGGGGGAGGAGCCACCGCCACUCUUCUUUCCCGCAGACUUGUUGCCGCUGCGCUCGACCGAUGUGUCGGGGUCGUCGAGGUCCGACUGAGUGCGGUUGCCCGAGCCACCGCCGCCUGGUUUGGUGGGGAAGGAGUAUGAGCGGCCCGUCUCGGGCGAGUCGUCCUUGCCGUAGUUGGCGUCGCGGGUCACCAUCUCCCUGAGCUCGGCGAGCUUCCGCUCGUCGGUGGUGUCUGGGAGACGGCUGUUGCUGGCCGAGAGGUUGAAGUUGGAGCGGGAGUUGUUGCGAUUGGUGCUGGAGGUGGGGGACCGGUGGGUCGUGUGCAGCGGGUCGAACAUGUUACACGUGGACGUGCCAGCCCUGAACGAGGGAAGGAGGAGAAGGGUGGUGGAUGGUGGGUGUGUUUGGGAUGGGGAUUGCAGGCGUACCGUGCGACUUGUGCCUGCCAGAGUGCGUUGAGGACCUUCAUGAUGUGCUCCUGGUUGCGCUCUAUCAUCGACAGGCGCGUCAGCACCUGCAGCAAAUCCUUGCUCUUGGCACCACCCUGGACACACACACACACACACGCCACACAUCCUUCCAAAUGCACUGUGACACAGAUGACACCAGUCUUCAGGAUCUCGCCCGCCGACCGACCUUGAGCCUCUGCACGCCGAAGAUGAAGUCGUCCAUCUUGAUCUCGCCCUCCUUGCGCCUGCCCGUCGGGUCUCGCGUCUCGAAGUCCACCGUCAGCUGGUCACAGAGACCCAACAGGUCGUUGGGCUCGCACUCAUACAUCUUCAUCAGACGCUGACAGACAAAAAAGAACGAGGCACCACAAACACGGUUGGAGUGUGCGCAGAAGCGCCAUUUCUGUCCGUGUCACCCAUCCAUCCGCCCACCUUGAGUUCAGCCUUCUCCAUGACCUGGGCGAGCCUUGUCUUGGUGAAGGAGUCGUUCAUCUCGCUGAGCUGCACGUCCUGGUACACGUCGGAGCGGCUCAUCCGCCGCUUCCCUUUCGGCGUGUUGCCUGACCGGUCCACCAACGACGUCAAACUCUUGAAGAACAUUCCCCUCACACCCUUCGGACUCGGCGCACCACCCGCCAUCCCGUUGGUGCGGGCGUGAGUGGGCGAGGGGUCCUUGGGGUCACUCAUGGAGGCCUUGGCCUCCUCCUCUUCUGCUGCGGUGGUCAGCGAGCCGAUAGUGCCCCGUUGGGCCAUGUCGGUGCGCUCGUUGAGUCGGUCGCCGCUGCCGUUCGGCGAGUCGGGGCGGACGCCGGCGUUCAUGACGCGGAUGAGCAUGCGGCGAAGCUUGCGGAUCUCACGGUGGUUCUCAAACUCACGGCGCUUCUCGUCCUCGCGCGACAUCUGAACGACAGAAACGGUGGGUGGGUUGUGUGUGGUUGUGGCCUGUUGUGUCUGGUGUGGUAUGGGUACCUGUGUGGCGCUCUCGACGAGGACGGCAGUGAUGAGGUUGGUGAGAGCGAAGACGGAUAUACAGAUGAAGCCCACGAAGAAGAGCCACAUCCAGGCCUGCUGCUUGAUGACCACCUCAGUGGCGUCCGUCCAGUCGUCUACACACACCAUACCACACCGCACCGGGCACGACAGUAUUGCACGGUCCAUAUCUGUAUGUUUCCGUACUCACCGAGUGUCAUGAUUUGGAAUAGAGUGCGCAUUGACGUGACGACUGUGCCGAACCGCAACUGGACCUCCUCCUUCUCCUCUUCGGUGAUGAGCGGCUCCCCGUCCUCGUCACUCAGCAGGCGCGGCGACGGCCAGAGGCCGUCCAGACCCAUCAGUGACCGCCUUGAGGAGCCCUUCUCGACAAAGGCCUCGCACUGCUGCUGCAGGAGGGGAAUGACGAUGCCGAAACGGUCCUGGAGCUCAGCCGCAUCCGCCUCUGUCAGAUUGUUGGUGAGAUUUCUGCACUGCUCCUGAGCCAACGAGAAGGAGAAGGGCCAUGUUAGUGCAAUGCCUCGGAGUGGCUGUGUGAGGUCUGGGCUGCCUUACCGCGAUCUGGUUUGAGGAUGGAUCCUCUUCGGGCUGGAAGUCGCUCGAGAAUCCGAUCAUGGUGGUGGCGAAUGUGCCGAAGACGAAGAGCAUGAUGGCCGUGAUGAUGACGCCCCACACGAGGGUCUUCAGACUGUACGUGAUACCGCUCGUCAACAUCCAGCUGCACAGAGGCGGGCACACAGACAGACACAAAGAGAUGGACAUAGCACGUCAUCAUUGUCUGUGUGUUUCCGUGUCUUACAAUUCUCUGAAGACGGUGUGGUAUCUGAGAGCGCGCGAUAUGCGCAGUGCUCGUAUGAUACGCAGGAUGGAGAGUUUUCGCCACGCCAUCUCUGCGUUUGAGGUCCACCCCAGACCGGGCAGCCACAUCGAUAUGGCCCACGGCAGGAUGGUCAUGAACAAAAUCCCCAAGUCGAUCCAGCUGUAGACGUCCUGUAAGCAUGGAGGGCACACAGACAGAAGAGCCGAUUUAUCUGGGCUCUUGUGUGGGCGUGUGGGUGUGUGGGUUGGUGAAUGGCUGUGAGGUUGACCGACCUUGAAGAACCUUCUGCCGAGGACGACGAUCUUGAAGAUGAUCUCGGCGACAAAAAGGAAUAGACAGGCGAACUGUAUCCCGAUCCACGGCCACUUGUUGACGGUCUGGUCACGAUGACUGUCAUCGACGCACAAGCACACAGGCACAUUGAUCGCACAUGUCUGUGGUGUGUGUUUGCUGUCGUUGAACAUGCCUACCUAAAGGAUGUCUCAAUCCAGACAGCGAUACAGUUGAGAACAAUGACGCCCCACACGCAGAGCUCAAACUGCCAGCUCUUGGCGAUCUUCUGCAGCUUCGUCAAGUGCUCCAUCUCAAGCUCGUCAUCCUCAACUUGUAAAGCCUACACACUCACACACACAGCACAGCAAAUCCCACCUCAGUUCAGCAGCCAUGCAUCCCCAAUCUCCCUCCUGUGUGUGCGCGUGUGCUGCCCACCUCGACGAAGUAUCUGAGGCUGCCGUGCUGCUUGCGGUAGAGGCUCAUCUUCCUGCGAUUCCGCCGCAUGGCCUCGCUGUAUGAGUGCUUGUAGGGCCGCUCGUCGCCCACCGACACGGCGUGAGGCAAACCGGGCGGCAGUGGCUCCGCCUCGUCGCCCAUGUCCGCCACCUCGUUGUUGCUCGUGUCCUUCCGCAACGUGAUCAUUGCUGGCUCGGAAUUCUGCCUGUGCUGCACUUCAGGAGCAGGAACAGAUCCCCCGGACGGCGUGCUGGAGGGAUCCCUGCUGCCCGUUCCUGUCGACGCGUUGUUGUUGCUCUGCGCCAUCUGCCUUCAGUCAGAGGUAGCCGCGCGAUGAGCGAUCAGAGGCGAGUUGCCCUCUGUCCCGAGGCGGGAUCAAAACUGAGAUACGAAAACCUCAUCAACAGCCUUCAACAUUCGCGCCAAGUGCGCAAAACCC